CCCGACAGUAUUUAAAGGCCCACCUUCUCUUGCUGCCAGCUGUCUCCUGCAACAACCCUGCCCUCCCCCAACUGCUGGAGGCUCGCGGGUCUCGGAACGCAUCCCGCCGCUGGGGCUGCCGCCGUGGCAUGGGCGCCGCGGGCCUGCUCUGGGUUUUCUUGGCUCUCGUCGCGCCAGGGGUCCUCGGUCAGUGUAAGUUCCUGCCAAGGUAUCCUUUUGCUAAGCCUAAAAUUCAGAGUGAUCAGUUUGAGUUUGCUGUUGGGACAACUUGGGAAUAUGAAUGCCUUCCUGGGUAUAUCAAGAGGUCAUUCUUUGCCACCUGCCUAAACACCUCCAAGUGGUCAGAUGCUCAGCAAUUCUGUAAACGUAAAUCAUGUAUGAGUCCUAGAGAACUCCUCCAUGGCUCUGUCCUUACACCCAUGGGUAUCGUGUUUGGGUCAACAAUUACAUAUUCUUGUGAUAAAGGAUAUCGACUCAUUGGUGACUCUUCUGCUACAUGUAUUAUCUCAGACAAUAUUGUAACCUGGGAUAACGACAUGCCUUUUUGUGAAAUUAUUGCUUGUGAGCCACCCCCAGCCAUCUCCAAUGGGGACUUUUACAGCAGCAGUAGAGAGGACUUUUACUAUGGAAUGGUGGUGACUUAUCAGUGCCAUGUUGGACAGAAUGGGAAAAAGCUGUUUGACCUCGUGGGUGAGCCAUCAAUAUACUGCACCAGCAAAGACAAUCGUGUUGGCAUCUGGAGCAGCCCUCCCCCUCAGUGUAUUACUCUAGUCAAAUGCCCAGUUCCAGAGGUUGAAAAUGGAAUUAUGGAAUCUGGAUUUAGACGUUCAUUUUCCUUAAAUGAUACUGUGAUGUUUAAGUGUAAGCCUGGCUUUACCAUGAAAGGCAGCAACACAGUAUGGUGCCAACCAAACAGCAAAUGGAAUCCUCCACUGCCAGUGUGCUUCAAGGGGUGUCUGCCACCUCCACAUAUCCACCAUGGUAAUUAUAACAAAAUGGAUAAGAAAUUCUUUCAAAUUGGACAGGAAGUGUCCUACAGCUGUGAGCCUGGCUACACUCUCAUUGGAACUAACACUAUGCAGUGUACAUCCUUGGGAACCUGGAGCCAUAGAGCCCCCAGAUGUGAAGUGAAAUCAUGCGAUGCCAUUCCAAACCAACUUCUCAACGGCCGUGUGGUGGCUCCUCCUAAUCUCCAGCUUGGGGCAGAGGUUUCAUUUGUUUGUGAUAAGGGGUACCGGUUAAAUGGCAAAUCUUCUAGUCAGUGUGUCUCAGAAGGAAUGAGAGUACUCUGGAACAAUAAGUUUCCUGUCUGUGAACGGAUUUUUUGUGACCCUCCUCCUCCUAUCAAAAAUGGUUGGAGUAGUUACCUUUCUGGCCCCAUACCUCUUGACACUGUGGUAAGGUACAGUUGUGCAAGUGUCUUCCGCCUCAUUGGAGAAAGAAAUAUUUUUUGUAGAAGUAAAGACCAAGUGAAAGGAGUCUGGGAUAAAGCUGCUCCUACAUGUGAAUAUUACAAUAAACAUACUGUUUGCUCUGAGCCCAUAGUACCAGGGGGAUACAGAAAUAAAAUGUCUAAACCACCAUACAGACACGGUGAUUCUGUGACAUUUACCUGUAAUUUCAACUUCACCAUGAAAGGAAACAAAUCUGUUUGGUGCCAAGCAAAUAAAACGUGGGGUCCGACGCCACUACCAACCUGUGAGAGUGAUUUCCCCCUGGAGUGUCCAUCACUUCCCAUGAUCGCCAAUGGACAUCACACAGGGGAGAAUGUUGGCCCCUUUGUCCCAGGAUUGUCUGUGACUUACAGCUGUGAACCUGGCUACUUGCUUGUUGGACAGAAGACGAUUAGAUGUCUGUCUUCAGGAUACUGGAGUGCUGGUAUUCCCAGAUGUAAAGAGGCACAGUGUAAACCUCCAGGACCACUUCCCAAUGGGCAGAUAAAGGGGCCUCCAAGGUUUCGGGUUGGCGUAACUGUAAACUUUUCCUGUAAUGAAGGGUAUCGAUUACAAGGCCAACCGUUUAGUCAGUGCGUAAUUGUGGGACAGGUCGCUUCAUGGACCAAGAUACCAGUAUGUAAAGAAAUUCUUUGCCCAGCACCUCCUCCUAUUGUCAAUGGAAGACAUACAGGCAGCUCUUCAGGGAACGUUCCAUAUGGAAGCACAGUCACUUACACUUGUGACCCGGACCCAGAGAAGGGAGUGAACUUCAUCCUUAUUGGGAAGCACAGUAUCCGUUGUACCACUAAUAGUGAGAAGACUGGGACCUGGAGUGGCCCUGCCCCACGCUGUGAACUUUCUGUUUCUGCGGUUCAGUGUCUACCUCCCCAGAUCCUAAGAGGCCAAAUAUUAUCUGAGCAGAAAGAUCAAUAUUCCUAUAAUGACACUGUGGUAUUUGCUUGUGAGUUUGGCUUCACCAUGAAGGGCAGCAAGAGAAUCCGAUGUAAUGCUCAAGGCACGUGGGAGCCAUCAGCACCAGUCUGUGAAAAGGAGUGCCAAGCCCCUCCUAAAAUCCUCAAUGGGCGAAAGGAAGAUAGACAACUGAUUCGCUUUGACCCUGGAACAUCCAUCAAGUAUAGCUGUGACCCUGGCUAUGUGCUGGUGGGAGAACAAUCCAUACGUUGUACCUCUGACGGGGUGUGGACACCCACUGCCCCCAAAUGCAAAGUGGCAGAGUGUAAACCUAUAGGAAAACAACUCUUUAUAAAACCCCAGGAUCAAUUUAUCAGACCAGAUGUUAACUCUUCUUGUGAUGAAGGGUACCGGUUAGGUGAGAGUGUUUAUCAGCUGUGUCAAGGCAUGGUUCCUUGGUUUAUGGAGAUUCGUCUUUGUAAAGAAAUCACCUGCCCACCACCUCCUGUUAUAAACAAUGGGAUACACACAGGGAGUUCCUCAGAAGGUUUUCUAUAUGGAACCACAGUCACUUACACAUGUAACCCUGGGCCAGAGAGAGGAGUGAAAUUCAACCUCAUUGGAGAGAGCACCAUCCGUUGUACAAGUAACGAUCAAAAGAGGGGCAUCUGGAGUGGCCCUGCUCCUCUCUGUGGCUUGUAUGGACAUUGCAAAGCCCCGGAGUGGUUCCCAUUUGCCAGGCCUACAACAUUGAGUGAGGAGAACGAGUUUCCCAUUGGGACGUCUUUGAAGUAUGAAUGCCGCCCUGGUUACUACAGGAGAGAGUUCUCUAUCACCUGCCUAGAAAACUCGGUCUGGUCAAGUCCUAAGGACGUGUGUAAACGUAAAUCAUGUGGAACUCCUCCAGAACCCAAAAAUGGCAAAAUGGUCACAAACGGAGACAUUCAGUUUGGAUCAACUGUUAAUUAUCUUUGUAAUGAAGGAUAUCGACUUAUUGGUGAGUCCUCUAUAACAUGCAUCGUCUCAGGAAAUACUGUCACCUGGGAUAAUGACGCACCUAUUUGUGACACUAUUCCUUGUAGGCCGCCCCCCGCCAUCGCCAAUGGAGAUUUCAUUAGCACCAACAGAGAGUAUUUUCCAUACGGAACGGUGGUGACCUACUACUGUAAUCCGGGAGAGAGAAGGAUAAAGCCAUUUCGCCUCGUGGGGGAGCCGUCAAUAUACUGCACCAGCAUCGACAACAAAGUCGGUGUCUGGAGCGGCCCCCCCCCUCAGUGCAUUCUACCUAAUACAUGCACGCCUCCAGACAUUAAAAAUGGAAUCAGGGUGUCUGACAACAGAAGCUUCUUUUCCUUAAAUGAAAUCGUGGAGUUUAGGUGUCAGCCCGGCUUUGUCAUGAAAGGACACUCCAGUGUGCGGUGCCAGGCCCAAAACAAAUGGGUGCCGGAGUUGCCGAGCUGCUCCAGGGCAUGUCAGCCGCCUCCCGAAAUUCCACAUGGUAAGCACACCCCAAGCAACAAGGACAGCUUUUCCCCUGGGCAGGAAGUGCUCUACAGCUGCGAGCCUGGCUAUGAUCUCAGAGGGGCUGCUUCUCUGCGCUGUACGCCCCAGGGAGACUGGAGCUCAUCAGCCCCCAGAUGUGCAGUAAAAUCAUGUGCUGACUUCCUGGACCAGCUCCCUCAUGGCCGAGUACUAUUUCCACUUAACCUCCAGCUUGGGGCAAAAGUGUCCUUCGUUUGUGAUGAGGGAUUCCAGUUAAAAGGCAGUUCUGCUAGCCACUGUGUCUUGGUUGGAAUGGAAAGCCUUUGGAACAGCAGUGUUCCUGUGUGUGCACAAAUCUUGUGCCCAAAUCCUCCUGAUAUCCUGAAUGGGAGACACACAGGAAAGUCCCUGAAAGUCUUUCCUUUUGGAAAAGAAGUAACUUAUACAUGUGACCCCCACCCAGACAGAGGGAUGACCUUCAGCCUCACUGGGGAGAGCACCAUCCGCUGCACAAGUGACAGUCAAGGGAAUGGAAUUUGGAGUGGCCCUGCCCCUCGCUGUGAAAUUCCAGGUUACUGUAACCGCCCAGAUCAUUUUCAAUUUGCUAAGUUGAAAAUCCAAACCAAUGAAUCUGAGUUUCCCAUUGGGACAUCUUUAAAGUAUGAAUGCCGCCCUGAGUUCUACAGGAGGUCAUUCUCUAUCAGGUGUCUAGAAAACCAGACGUGGUCAAGUGCCAAAGAUUUCUGUAAACGUAGAUCAUGUAAAACUCCUCCAGAUCCUAUAAAUGGCAUGGUGCAUAUAGACACUGAUACCCAGUUCGGAUCCAGAAUUAAUUAUUCGUGUAAUCAAGGGUAUCGACUCGUUGGUCACUCAUCUGCUAAAUGUAUCAUCUCAGGCAAUACUGUCGUUUGGGAGACGGAGCCACCAAUUUGUCAACGUAUUCCUUGUGGGCCGCCCCCGGCCAUCGCCAAUGGAGAUUUCAUUAGCACCAACAGAGAGUAUUUUCCAUACGGAACGGUGGUGACCUACUACUGUAAUCCGGGAGAGAGAAGGAUAAAGCCAUUUCGCCUCGUGGGGGAGCCGUCAAUAUACUGCACCAGCAUCGACAACGAAGUCGGCGUCUGGAGCGGCCCCCCCCCUCAGUGCAUUCUACCUAAUACAUGCACGCCUCCAGACAUUGAAAAUGGAAUCAGGGUGUCUGACAACAGAAGCUUCUUUUCCUUAAAUGAAAUCGUGGAGUUUAGGUGUCAGCCCGGCUUUGUCAUGAAAGGACCCUCCAGUGUGCGGUGCCAGGCCCAAAACAAAUGGGUGCCGGAGUUGCCGAGCUGCUCCAGGGCAUGUCAGCCGCCUCCCGAAAUUCCACAUGGUAAGCACACCCCAAGCAACAAGGACAGCUUUUCCCCUGGGCAGGAAGUGCUCUACAGCUGCGAGCCUGGCUAUGAUCUCAGAGGGGCUGCUUCUCUGCGCUGUACGCCCCAGGGAGACUGGAGCUCAUCAGCCCCCAGAUGUGCAGUAAAAUCAUGUGCUGACUUCCUGGACCAGCUCCCUCAUGGCCGAGUACUAUUUCCACUUAACCUCCAGCUUGGGGCAAAAGUGUCCUUCGUUUGUGAUGAGGGAUUCCAGUUAAAAGGCAGUUCUGCUAGCCACUGUGUCUUGGUUGGAAUGGAAAGCCUUUGGAACAGCAGUGUUCCUGUGUGUGCACAAAUCUUGUGCCCAAAUCCUCCUGAUAUCCUGAAUGGGAGACACACAGGAAAGUCCCUGAAAGUCUUUCCUUUUGGAAAAGAAGUAACUUAUACAUGUGACCCCCACCCAGACAGAGGGAUGACCUUCAGCCUCACUGGGGAGAGCACCAUCCGCUGCACAAGUGACAGUCAAGGGAAUGGAAUUUGGAGUGGCCCUGCCCCUCGCUGUGAAAUUCCAGGUUACUGUAACCGCCCAGAUCAUUUUCAAUUUGCUAAGUUGAAAAUCCAAACCAAUGAAUCUGAGUUUCCCAUUGGGACAUCUUUAAAGUAUGAAUGCCGCCCUGAGUUCUACAGGAGGUCAUUCUCUAUCAGGUGUCUAGAAAACCAGACGUGGUCAAGUGCCAAAGAUUUCUGUAAACGUAGAUCAUGUAAAACUCCUCCAGAUCCUAUAAAUGGCAUGGUGCAUAUAGACACUGAUACCCAGUUCGGAUCCAGAAUUAAUUAUUCGUGUAAUCAAGGGUAUCGACUCGUUGGUCACUCAUCUGCUAAAUGUAUCAUCUCAGGCAAUACUGUCGUUUGGGAGACGGAGCCACCAAUUUGUCAACGUAUUCCUUGUGGGCCGCCCCCGGCCAUCGCCAAUGGAGAUUUCAUUAGCACCAACAGAGAGUAUUUUCCAUACGGAACGGUGGUGACCUACUACUGUAAUCCGGGAGAGAGAAGGAUAAAGCCAUUUCGCCUCGUGGGGGAGCCGUCAAUAUACUGCACCAGCAUCGACAACGAAGUCGGCGUCUGGAGCGGCCCCCCCCCUCAGUGCAUUCUACCUAAUACAUGCACGCCUCCAGACAUUGAAAAUGGAAUCAGGGUGUCUGACAACAGAAGCUUCUUUUCCUUAAAUGAAAUCGUGGAGUUUAGGUGUCAGCCCGGCUUUGUCAUGAAAGGACCCUCCAGUGUGCGGUGCCAGGCCCAAAACAAAUGGGUGCCGGAGUUGCCGAGCUGCUCCAGGGCAUGUCAGCGACCUCCAGAAAUUCCACAUGGUAGGCACACCCCAAGCAACAAGGAUGAAUUUUCCCCUGGGCAGGAAGUGUUCUACAGCUGUGAGCCCGGCUAUGAUCUCAGAGGGGCUGCUUCUCUGCGCUGUACGCCCCAGGGAGACUGGAGCCCUGCAGCCCCCAGAUGUGCAGUGAAAUCGUGUGCUGACUUCCUAGACCAGCUCCCUAAUGGCCAUGUACUUCUUCCACUUAAUUUCCAGCUUGGGGCAAAAGUGUCCUUCAUUUGUGAUGAGGGGUUCCAUUUAAUGGGAAGUUCUGCUAGUUACUGUAUCUCAGUUGGAACGGAAAGCCUUUGGAAUAGCAGUGUUCCUCUGUGUGAACAAAUCUUUUGUCCAAAUCCUCCAGCUAUCCUUAACGGGAACCACACAGGAACUUCUCUGGGAGACAUUCCCUAUGGAAAAGAAAUAUCUUACACAUGUGACUCCCACCCAAACAGAGGGAUGACCUUCAAGCUCAUUGGGGAGAGCACCAUCCGCUGCACAAGUGACAGUCAAGGGAACGGGAUUUGGAGCGGCCCUGCCCCUCGCUGUGAACUUUCUGGUCCUGCUGGUUACUGUAAAGCCCCUAAGCAGUUCCCAUUUGCCAAGCCUACGACCCUGACUGAUGAGUCUGAGUUUCCAAUUGGGACAUCUUUGAAUUAUGAAUGCUCCCCUGGGUAUUUCGAGAAUAUGUUCUCUAUCACCUGUUUAGAAAACUUGGCCUGGUCAAGUGCGGAAGAUGUCUGUAGACGAAAAUCAUGUGGAAUUCCUCCAGAACCCUUCAACGGCAUGGUGCAUAUAAACACAGACACCCAGUUUGGAUCAACAGUUAAUUAUUCUUGUAAUGAAGGGUAUCGACUCAUUGGCUCUCCAUCUGCUGCUUGUCUCCUCUCAGGAAAUAAUGUCACUUGGGAUAAGGAGGCACCUCUUUGUGAGAGUAUAUCUUGUGAGCCACCCCCAGCCAUAUCCAAUGGAGACUACUACAGCAGCAAUAGAACUGCUUUUCAAUAUGAAACAGUGGUCACUUAUUGGUGUUUCACUGGGCCAGAUGGAGAAAAGCUGUUUGACCUUGUGGGAGAACAGUCGAUAUCCUGUACCAGCAAAGACAAUCAAGUUGGUGUUUGGAGCAGCCCUCCUCCUCAGUGUGUUCCUGCUAAUAAAUGCACAACUCCAGAAAUUGAAAAUGGAAUUAGACUAUCUGGAAAUAGGAGUUCAUUUUCCUUAAGUGACAUUGUGAGAUUUAGAUGUCAGCCUGGCUUUGUCAUGAAAGGGUCCAACAUUGCGCAGUGCUGGGCCAACAACACAUGGGUGCCUGAGCUGCCAAGCUGCUCCAGGGUAUGUCAGCCGCCUCCAGAAAUUCCACAUGGUAGGCACACUCCAAGCAAUAAGGAUGACUUUCCCCCUGGGGAGGAAGUGUUCUACAGCUGUGAGCCCGGCUAUGAUCUCAGAGGGUCUGCUUCUCUGCGCUGUACGCCCCAGGGAGACUGGAGCCCUGCAGCCCCCAGAUGUGCAGUGAAAUCAUGUGCUGACUUCCUGGACCAACUCCCUAAUGGCCGUGUACUCCUCCCACUUAAUUUCCAGCUUGGGGCAAAAGUGUCCUUUGUUUGUGAUGAGGGGUUCCAAUUAAAAGGUAGCCCUGCUAGUCAUUGUGUCUUGGUUGGAAUGAAAAGCCUUUGGAGCAGCAGUGUUCCUGUGUGUGAACAAAUCUUUUGUCCAAAUCCUCCGGCAAUCCUUAAUGGGAACCACACAGGAACUUCUCUGGGAGACAUUCCCUAUGGAAAAGAAAUAUCUUACACAUGUGACUCCCACCCAGAAAGAGGGAUGACCUUCAACCUCAUUGGGGAGAGCACCAUCCGCUGCACAAGUGACAGUCAAGGGAACGGGAUUUGGAGCGGCCCUGCCCCUCGCUGUGAACUUUCUGGUCCUCCUGCAUGCCCACAUCCACCCAAGAUCCACAACGGGCAUCUCAUUGGAGGACAUGCAUCUCCAUAUCUUCCUGGGGUGACUGUCACCUACACUUGUGACCUAGGCUACCUGUUGGUGGGAAAGGCCUUCAUUUUUUGUACACACCAGGGAACCUGGAGCCAAUCUGAUCAUUAUUGCAAAGAGGUAAAAUGCAGCCUCCCACAGUUUAUGAACGGAAUACGGAAGGAGUUGGAAAUGAAAAACGUCUAUCACUAUGGAGAUAAUGUAACUUUGGAGUGUGAACAUGGAUAUACUCUGAAAGGCAGUCCCCAGAGCCAGUGCAAGGCGGAUAAUACGUGGGACCCUCCUCUGGCCAUAUGUACAUCUCGCACACAUGAUGCUCUUAUAGUUGGCACAUUCUUUGGUAUGAUCUUCUUUAUUGUACCCAUCAUUGUUUCCUGUUGGAUAGUUCUAAAGCGCAAAAACGGCAAUAAUACAGAUGAAAUAUGUAAAGUGAUCAAAUUACAACCCCAAGAAAGCAGCUGUGUUUAUCCUCAAACUCUGCAAACAAAUCAGGAAAAUGACAGUGUCCUUCCUGAACAGUGUACUAUAAAGCUGGAGAACGCUUCGAAUUAAAAUGUUGGUUGGAAAGGAGCCAAUUUAUUUCAACAGAAGAUCUGAGACUCAUAAAAUCUUUGAAGUGACUUCACAGAGAUGCAGAUAUGUGCACUUGAAGAUGCUGAAGCUCUCCCAGGAUCUGGUGAAGCUCCCUCGUCCUAGUUUGAAUUAACCGUCACUCCUUCACCCUCUUUCCUUGUGCUGAAAGCACACACUAUCUAGUCAGGGAAAAGACUACACUGAGCAUAUAUACAUAGUCUCCAUUACUUCAAGGAGGAAGCUGUUUCCCAGGAUUUGUUUGUGUUUUUUCUUUCUUAUUUUCAAAUGUUUAUAAUGUAUAAUGUGCUCAUUAGGAGAAUUUGGAAAAUGCAUGAGAAAGAUAUGAAGAACAAAUAAGUCACAUAUAAUUACACUACCAUGUGAUCAUCACUGUUAACAUUUUAAUUCAUUUUCUGCUAAACUUUCUUCAUAUAUGUUUCUUUAUAUACACAUAUAUCUUGCUUUCUUAAAUAUCUUCUUUCACUUUUAUAGAACAGAAUCCACUCUUUUAAGACAGUUUGGAAUAAAAUAUAUGCUACAAUAGUUUUCACUUUCUCAAAGAAAAAAAUUAAUUUCUGUUUAUUAAAAAGGCAUUAAGUGAUUAUAGGGGAAAGGGGUCAAGAUUAUUCAAGAAAAUAUCUGGAAUAAAAUUAAGCUUUGGAUAUUUCCUGAGCCCUAUUUCAAAAGCACUUUGUUCUAUGUUCUGUAUAAAAAACA